AUGCCGCUGCGGAUGGAACCUAUUUUCAAGGGCCGCAUGAUGCACAUUCUCCCUGGUUCGGAAAAACGUGAAAAGAAGGAACCGGAGAAAACAGAGUCAUCUGGAAAGACUCCGUAUAAAAAGGAGAAACUGUCGAAGCUGAAAGCAAACGCAGCAAAGUCCCAUUCAUGGAAUGCGUUGUUUCUUGGACCCAACGCAAUCGCUGACACUUUAGCGGAAAAACUCGGUGUUGAAAAGGGUGAUCUGCUGAAUUCGGAAGGUGGAGAGAGUGCUGGAGUCCGUCUGGCUUUAGCUGAAACCAGACUGGUUCGUGAAACGAGAGAGUUCUUCAUAGCAAAUGGCGUUUGUCUGGACGCGUUUUCUCGACCUGCUGCGAAAAGAAGGUGA